AUAAUUUUACAUUUUGAUUACUGUCUAACUGAGUGCCGUGUUGAUUUUUUAUGAGUUUGUCCAAAUGAAGGAACGGUGAGCACAGGGUGUUGAUUCAAGAGGAAAACCCUAAGUAGGAAGGAAGGAAUAAGUAACUGGAAGAAGAAAGAAGUCACCUGAGUUUUCCGAAAACCCUUAGGGAAGACAAGAAAAGAAUGAAGUACAGACAAAGCAAAGCUCUAAUCCUCUUCAGAUAAUUUUCUGAUGCCCCUCUCCAUUUGCAGUAACGCAUUGCUUCAUACCCCCUACUUAUAGAGGAUUGUACACCAACUUGGCUACAAAGUUACAAAGCGAGGGAACAACUUUGAAAGCGAUGGCUGUCCCACAAGUUGACAAGAAAAUGCUUGGUGAACUUGAAGUUAUGGGAUUCCCCGCCGUUCGUUCAAUUAGGGCACUUCAUUAUUCUGGUAAUUCCAAUCUUCAAUCUGCAAUAAAUUGGCUUCUGGAACAUGAAAGUGACUCAGAUAUUGAUCAGCUACCAUUGGUUUCAAGAGAAAUCAGCAUUGAAUGCGGUGACACAUUAAACGAAGUGAGAAACAGCGCUCAAGGAAUGAGGACCCAUGUCCAGGAGAGAAAAUCAGAAGAGCAAGCUACAGCUAGAAAUCAGAAGGAGACUUCAGAGGUGGAAAGCGAAGUGAAUGCCAAUGAACAUGAGGAAGAGGAUAGAAAGAGGAUUUUAGCACUACAUAAGUCAAAGCGUGACGAGGAAGAAAAAGCAAGAGGGAGAAUCAGAAAUCAACUUCAGGAGGAUAAGAGGGAGAGGAUUCAAGCUGCUAAAGAUGUUAUGGAAGCAAAACGGACUCUUGAAGAAAAUCAAAGAAGACGCAUGAUGGAAAGUCGAAAAGCAGAACAAGAGGAGGAGAAAAGAGCAAGGGAGAGAAUCCGUCAGCGUAUAGAUGACGAUAAGGCAGAAAGAAGGAGAGGACUUGGUUUGCUGCGGGAAAAUACAGUAGCAUCACCUCCGAUAGUAACUCUCGCAAAGGUAAAACCUAUUGAACCAGUUGUAACAUCAGAACAGUUGAGAGAUUGCCUACGAACUCUGAAAAAGAGUCACAAGGAUGACAACGCUAGAGUGAAAAGAGCAUUCCAAAUAUUGCUAAAGAUAGUCGCCAACAUAGUAAAGAACCCAGAGGAGGACAAGUUCAGGAGGAUUCGACUAAGCAAUCCUGUUUUCAAGGACAGGGUGGGUAAUCUGCAAGGCGGCGUGGAGUUCCUGGAGCUGUGCGGGUUCCAGAAGCUCAGGAACAACAGCUACCUGGUCAUGCCGAGGGGCAAGGUCGACGUGGCGCUCCUCAACUCGGCGGCGGUCCAGGUCGCGUCCGCCAUGGAGAAUCCCUACUUUGGGCUGCUCUCCAAGUGAGCGGGACAGCCUUCACUCCUCUCUGCUUCGCCAUUAAGAGCUCAUCUAUAUUCGGUACUACGAGCUUUGUAAGAAGGGAAAAAAAAAACUUUGUGGCAAUCAAGUGUGAGUACCAGUGAAUGGACGGCACGGCGCUGUAGCUCAUAGAUCUCGUCGAUGGGAUCUAUCCCCUGUAACUGAGCAAAUUGCAUGCGGCGGGAACGAUGUGUUCCAGUAAAUCUCAGGAUUUGCCGGUAACAGCCGUGCGGUGUACAGAAACCAAAACAGAAUGGGACGGAGAUGCCUGCGAAACGAUGAUCGAGCUGUGAUGCCAUGGCCAAACUGGUUCUCAUCUUACCGAAGAGAACGAUAUGUGACUGUAACUGUAAUCGUGAUAUUCAUCCAUGAGAAAUCAAAGUAUGUCACCACUUGUUA